AUGGCUGAACGUCCUGAAUUAUUAGCAGAUUGUGGAAAACAAAUAUCAUCUGAAGAAGUUAAUGAAAUUACUAUGACUUGUCCAAGUAUUGAGUAAGCAUUUAAAGAAAAAAAACUAUUGUAUUAAAAUGUUUAUUGAAUUUUAUUUCAGCUCGAAUUCCAAUGUCGAUUUUGGCUCACAAAUUUCGGAUGAUAGAUUAUCGAAGAAGGAACGAUAUUUUGCUUUGAAACAGGACAAAAAUAUUUUCAUGGUAGUCAAAAUUUAAAUUUUUUGUUGAAAAAAAAAUGAAUAAGCAAAUCUAUUUUCAGAAAAUAAUCCAUCCGAGUUAUCAAAAACGAAGUCAAUGGUUUCGAAAACUUUUUAUUGAAAAAGGUUUGAUGGAUGAAAGUACUUAUCUUGCGUGUAAGUUGUUUUAAUCUAAAUAUCUAAUUAAAAGUUUCAAUUACUUCACACUCCAACAAAACAUAUCUAUAAUAUUUAGCCUAUUCAUGUGCUUAUCAAAGAGAAAUACUUGCCCAAGGUAGAAUGUUUAUAUCGCAAUCUCAUGUUUGUUUUUAUGCGAAUAUUUUUGGAUGGGAAACGAAUUUGGUGAUUCCGAUGAGUGAAAUAAAAGAGAUCACAAAACAAAAAGCUGCGUUUAUUUUUCCAAAUUCAAUACAGGUUUGUUGAUUUGAAAUGUUGUUUUUCUUCCUGAAAUCAGACCAGAAAUCCAAAAAUAUUCAAAUUCUCGGAAAUUGUUGGAUGGAGAAAAAUAAUUUGAAAAUAAUAUAAUUCUGAGGGAGGAGGGGACUACUGUAGAGUUAAUUUUAGAACUGAUUUUGAAAAUUAUUAAUUUUUUGUAGUUCAAAAAUGUGUACAAUAUUUUCUUUAAAAAAAUGCAGAUUUUGAAAAUUUUUACCAGCUUCAGAAGUUGUCUCAAAAUUUUAAAAAUGGCCCCAUUAUCACCUCCCCCUCCCCCCAUAAAACUUUCAAUUUUUCAGCUGGAAAGAAAAAGUGGCGAAAAACUAUUUUUUGCAUCAUUUGUAAAUCGUGAUAAAACUUAUCAACUUCUCACAACAGCUUUGGAUCGAGAAAGUGAUGGAAAACCAAUGACACCAGAAGAAGUUUGGGAAUUUUUGAAUAAUUCUGAAGACAAGGUUCGUUUUUUCUGAAGGAAAAGCUAGAUAAGGGAAUUAUUUUGGGAGUUCUUGAAAAUUGUUUUAUAAUGUUUCAUGAAUUUCUUGAUUGUUCAAAAAACUUCCAUGUGAAAGAUUUUAAAACAAACUUUUCACUUGUCAAAAAAUCAACAAUUUUCCGAUUGUAGUCUGACUCCAAACCGUUUUCAUCUUUGUAUUUUUUGUCAUCUUUUUUCUUUUUUUGCGACUUUUCUCAAUUCUCGUUCCUUGUUGUUAUAGGUUGUAUUUUUGUGUAAAUAUUGCCACUUGUUUUUUUUAGGAGACAGGAAAAUUAAAAAUAGUUUCAAUUCUAGAAUAUUCGUGGAUUAGAAAAAGAAUUCGACGGUUUUUGUUGUUUUGGGAAAUGAUUUAUGAAUGAGAAAAAUAAAUAGAGCCCAAUUAUUUUCAUAUGUAAAAGUUGGAAUUUGAUACAUAAAGACAGAGGCAUGCACUUUUUGUCUAGGAAAGUAAUUUGCAACAAUAUAUAAUGUAUUCCCAAGAAAUUUUUUCCAAAUUUCGAAUUUUUAGGGACUCGGAAAAAAUUUAGGUACUAUUUUCUAGAUAAAAAUGCUGUGCUGAAAAUUUUGAAAAUCUGAAGUUUCCUGAAUGUUUUUUUUCUUUAAAAAAGAGUUGAAAUAAGUGGUUCAUCUCUUUUUUCCUCUUCUUCAUCUUUUUUUCCUUUUUCUCGUCGCUCUUGAAUGCAUAAUCCAAUUUCGAAGCACUUUUUGCUGCUUUUUCUCUCUAUUUCUAUCUAUUUUAGUCUGCUUUUCCUUGUUCUUCAUAGUUUGUAUCCAGUCACUUUUUUCUUCACAAAUCAUACACAAAAACCGUGCUCUUACGUGGUUUGGGUCGACUUUUUUGCGCUGUAUAAAUAGUGUCGCGUUUAUAAAUAUUUGUUGUAUUUUAAACAACACUAGCAACCAACACAAAUUCUCAUUUCUUAGAUUUUUAUUUUAUGAUAUAUUUGUUAUUUAUAAUGAAAGUAUUCGUUAAAUUCACUAAAAAAUUCUAUCUAAAUUAUUUGAAAAAAGAGAAGAAGAUUGUUAGCGAUAAAGUUGUAAGUUGAAAAACUCGAAGAUUUUUUUUUUGGAAAUUAACUCCACGCAAAAUAACGUGUUCUUGAUGAUUCAAACCCACGUGUUUCAUUUCUUUUUUUCUCAAAUCAAUACGGCUCAAAAAAUCCGGAAAUUCCGUUGUUCCAAUAUUUGCUCUACACACUCAUUUUCACAUAAAAUUUUUAUUUUUUUCUCUCAUUUCUUUUUUAGUAUUAUGCGUGUGUGUUUGAUAAGCGAUGAUAAGCAAAAUAAAGCUUGAAAAAAUAAUAAAUAUAUUUGCAGUCUCCUUCAUCAACACCAUCAAUUGGUUCGCCACCAUCAAUGACGGUUUGUUUGACUUUUGUCAUCUUUGAUUUUUGAUUUGAACUUUGAAUUUUUGCAGGUUCAUCAUACACAUAAUGGAGCAACUUCAAAGAUUAAUUCAGCAAAAAUUGACAAAGAUAAUUGCUCACAAAGUUCUUCAUUAGCAUCAGAUGUAAGUUUUUUGAAUAAUUUUUUGGAGAAACGUUAGCUUAACUCUGAACAUAAGUUAUGACUUGGCAAAACUAGAUUAUUUCAGUUGUUGAAAAAUUCAAAUUUUUACCGAACAAAAAUUUUCCAAAUUUUAUUUUCCAUUCAAAAAAUUGCAGACGAAUAGUCCAUGCUUUGUAGAUUAUUAAAACCAAAAAUAAUUUUUUUUGUAGUUUGCUGAAGAAGAAAUUUUGGAUGAAGCUGGAAUGUCAACAAUUGAAACAACUGAAGAAUGUUCGGUGUCAAUGAAUUCAGAAACAGAUCCAAAUUGUCCAUGUGCAGAACAUACAGGUCGAUUAUUAAUGGAUACUGUAUUCCCAAUCACUGUUCAACAAUUCUACAAAUAUAUUUUUACUGAAAACGAGUGGUUCAAGAAAUUUAUGAGCGAAUUAAAAACAUCGGAUUAUGCGUCAACAGUUUGGGUUCGUGAUCGAAAUGGUCUUGAAACUAGAAAUUGUACAUAUUCGAUGGCAUUGAAUCAUGCAAUGGCGCCAAAAAAUGUGAUUGUGAAUGAAAAACAAGUGUUGACUCAUUUCCCGAAACCCGAAGAUGGUAUUAUUAUUUUUAAAGAGACACAAAAUUCCGGUGUUCCAUAUUCGGAUAAUUUUGAUGUUAAAGUAAGAUUGAUUAUUCGUAUCUUACAAAAAAAACAUUGUUUUUUUAGUGUACAUAUUGUAUUUCUCGAGUUGGUCAAACAAGUUGUCGAGUUCGAGUUCAUGGAGGAAUUCAUUAUAAAAAAGGAACUUGGAGUAUUAUAAAAGGUUAUAUUGAAAAAGGAACUCAUCAAGGACUUGAUGAUCAUUUUCGGCUUUUGGAGAAAAUGUUAAACGAAGAAUGUGAAACAUUAUCGCGAAAUUUGUCAGAAAAAGAGCCAACUUCUCAAUUGAGACAUCGAAAAUCGAAAGAUUCGACGGCAAAACAAAACAGACAAUCAAAAAUUGAGCCACUUUCUGUUGAAUCAGCGUCUUCUACAUCUUCUUCUACAGUAGAAACAACAUUAAUAACUUCGAAACCUGUCGAAGCUCAAAAUAUUCAACAAGUGGUUGAUUAUAGUAAACAAUUAUGGAUUAUUAUUGCUGUAUUUACUGUGUUUUUGAUUUCUAAUUUCUUGGUUCUAUCAAGGAUUCAAACAAAGUUAGUUAUUUACAUACUUAUUACUAAUAUUUCUCAUGAGAAUUUAUUUUUUUUUCAGUUCAUCUUCAACCGAAUCACCAAAACUUGAACCACUUAUUCAAUCGCUCAUGUCAGAAAUCGAAAAACUACAAGAACAAAUAAGUAAUUUAAAAUCGAAAACGGAUUUAUAA